AUGGCUCAGUCAUCUGCUAAUGCUAUGCCCGGCUUUACCGCAGAGCAAGCACAGAGUCUCAAAUCUAUGAUGACCGAUGCUGUAAGGGAAGGCGUUACUGAACUCGAAAAGCGUCUUAUUCCAGUGAUUGAUAGAGCACACCCUUCAGACCACGGUCAAGGUGUUGAAGGUGUCAUCAAAAGCACCGCAAGACCAAAUAUGCCUGGCCUUCAUGUCACUUCCGAUCGCAUCGAGGAGAUCAGGGCUUUGCCGUCCCUUGAAAAUCAUGAUGUUGACUUUCAAGAGCUGAUCACGACAUUAGUCCACCUAGCCGGCGAGGAAGUGUUCGAGUACUUUUUCUCUGAGGACGAUGCUCAAAUAACAUUGCAAGGCUCCAGUCCUACAGACUAUUUUGCAAUAGGCCGAAAAAACCUGGACAUUACUGUGGAUUUUAGGCAGAGUAUGAACCCAUCUACACCAUUCCGCUUCCAGAUGAUGAAAAUGUCCUACCAACAAGCAGCGUUCUCAGUAUCGCAGUGGCAACCUCAAAGCUUUCAGCGCUUCAGGGAGGAUCUAUACGGACGAAAAGGAGCAGCGCAGGAUCUAUCAGGAGAAUUGGCAUAUUUAGUUGGAGAGGCUUUCCAGCAGCAAAUGCUACCAGCUUUUGCUAAGUUGUACUGGCCUGACAUCAGAGAUGGAAUAUACAAGGUGGGACGAAUCUCCAAGCGUCAGUACAGGUUCGCAAUAUCUCCCUCAAUGACCACACCAGGCCUCGGCCCCUACCAAGGGAAAGAAAGUAAUUCCCUGAAAAGAUACUCAGAGUUGCCAGAUCUUUGUCAAAAGAUAGCUUCUAACUAUAUUCAAGACCAAGGUUGGGUCAAUCCUGAAAUCUACUCGAGCACUUGA